UAAUGAUAUCGACUCUUAACUUUGCAGACUACGUCGAUGACAUUAAAAACAUCGAUAAUUCAUCAGAUCAAAGAUCUAGAAAUAUUUCAGUAUUUCUUAAUCCAGAUCUAUAUAAAUGUCUCAGUCUGGAUCUAAGAUGUGUAGAAGUAAAUGUAUCCAAAUGAAGAUCUAGAUCGAAUCUCUGAUUAAAUAUGAUAAGCAGCAUUGAGUGUCAGUAGUUAUCUACUGGGCAGAGGAGGCAAAUACAGAUGUCAUGAAUCAAGUGCAUUAUGUGGCUCUAUCUGUUGGUGUAGUUCUACUCUCCAUAAUCUUCUACUGCGGAUGGAUGUGGAAUUUUCUUUGGAUUAUCUUCCAUAUCAUCAUAUUCUCACUUGGUUUCUAUUAUGCCGUCCAGUGGAAUCUGCUCAGCAGCAAAAUGUAUGAGUACACACCGAAUCCCAUUGCAUUGAAAAAAUCGGCAGUGAAUACGGUGAUACGAAAGAUGAUAGAAAUAAACUCGAGAAAUGCAGAGCAGCCACAGCCUAGGAAAGUUGUGAUAUCUCAUAACUUGGACAAUGUUUUGCAGGAUGUCAUAGAUCUUAUAUGUCGGCAUUACAUUUUAGUUUGGUAUGAAUCGAUAUCAGAAGAUCAAGCAUUCGUCAAGCAUGUUCAAGUUGAAAUGUGGAAGGUUAUAGACAAGGUCAGCAGAAGAUUGUCUGAAAUAGAUCUUGUACGUUUUUUGUCCCAAGAUGUGCUUGACUGUCUAAACCAGCAUUUUAAAAAUAUUCGACUAGCAAAAAAAAAUAAAUUGGACAAAUCAGAGGAGGAUUUUAAACAGUUUCUCCUGCAUUCCUGGCUGAAAGAAGAGGAGAAGGAGCUGAGCUGUCUGAGAAAUGUGUCGGAAACUCUACUACUGUUGUUGUUGUCUCCACCUUACGCCACUUGUGCCCCACUUCGACAUUUACUCAGGGAAAUUAUUGCAUGUUCUGUUUUGAAGCCUACCAUUGAUCUGCUGUGUGAUCCAGACUUUAUCAAUCAGAAAUUGUUGGACUACAUGGCGUACAGAGAGAAGUUGUACGCAGACACAAAGAGAACAUACAUGUACUCAGCCACGUAUGAGGGCUUCAUAAAGAAGAUCAAAUCUUCAGAUUCAAUCACUGACUUGAAACAAAUGAGAUACCACAUUAUCUCAGAAAUACUCCAAGCCUCAGCAAUCAAUGCAUUAAAAAAACAACAAGGUCUCAAUACAGAUAAAGAUGUGGCCCCAAAAGGUACAAAUAAAGGACAGCUUCUUAAAGCGAGAAAUCUUGAACGUUACAAAAAUCAGCUAAAUGUAGCCAAGCAGCUUUGUGAAAAACGCAUAAUCUCCCUUGGAGGCUCCAUAUUUGAAGCCUCACCAAACUCUUCAGUGAAAGAGGAAGAGCUUCCUGGUCAAAAGUUAUUCUCCUUCACUGUCAUAAUGGAAAUGCCACAAUUCAGAGAUUAUUUUAUGAAAUUUUUAAAGAAAGAAGGUGCUGAGUCUUAUUUGGGAUUCUGGAUUGCUGUGGAAAAACUGAAAGGAACAUCAAAGGACCAACGUCACCAAGUAGCCAGUGAUCUCUACCAGCAGUAUAUAGUUAGUAGCUCCUCUCUCGUCAAAGUGGAUAAGACGAUUCUCAAAGGAAUGGAGGAAUUUUUACGCGGAGACAAAGGUCAUGAAGCCUUUGUGUCAGGGCAGAAAAUUGUACAGAACUACUUGGAAGAACACUACUACCCUUCCUUCAUAGUGAGUGAGACUUACCAUCAGUUGUCUGCCAGUGUUACAGACUCUCUUACUUCUGAGGAGGAAUCUGCCACGUCUGAGGAGUUGUUCCUAGAGUCUGAUACUAUUGGAGAUAUGGAAGACAGUUUAAUGGCUGGUCAGUCCUACCAUGCCCAGCAAAGACUCAGAGCAAUUGACAGUAAGAUUACAAACAAGAUGAGAGCACUCAGUGCACAGAAGUCAUCUCACAAACUGGAAAGUGGAUCCAAACUGAAGAAAGUUCAGGAAGAUAUGGAGCGAGAGUUGGCAACUCUAAAAGAAGAUAAACUUGCAUUAGAGAAACACAUAGCCAGAACACAGAAGUGGAUAGACAACAUUGGACACUGGAGUGCACAUAUCUAUGAUGCCUCUAUCAUAACAACAGAAGAAGAUCGCAAGACUCCCCAGUUUGUUAUCUUAGUGUCCUUGUCUAGUGAAGAUGAGGAUAGCCCACAUUUAAUCAGCACUUCCUCAGAAGGUUGGGCAAUCUCUAGAACUUUGGAGGAUUUCUACACUCUCCAUGAGAAACUGUCACUGAUUAGCAGCUUGCUCCAAAAGAAAGAGUUACCCUCCAGUGGCAUCUUGUUUAAAACAUUGGACAAAGCUUUCCUAACCAGGGCUACAACAAUGCUGGAUGACUAUUUAUCUACUGUCUUGAAAGAUGAUAAACUUGUGCACAAUGAAAGCCUGUAUGCCUUUCUGUCGCCAACUCCAGAGUUUGUUUAUCAGUCUACAGCCUCGGAGAAAAAGAGUAAAUUUUCUUUACCCUCCUUCUUGAAAAGUUUGCCGAGCAUUAGAUCAGAGGCCCAAGAGACAGAGGAAGAGUUUAUGUUCAGUGGGGAUGAUGGCUCAGAGAAAGACAGAAGCACAGACUCUAUAGUGAAACCCCUCUACAGGCUGGUGGAAGAAGUCUUUGAAUUACAUGGUCUGUUUCGGUGGUUUCGUAAAACUCUGAUGAAUUUUGUGGAGUUGACGUUUGGACGCUCAAUGGACAGACAAUUGAAAGAAACAGUGGACCAACUGGUCAGCGAGCAAAUGUUGAUCUACUACAUUCAACUCUUUAAAGACAGCAUGUGGCCUGAUGGUCAGCCACCCAGUCCAGCCCAGCCCAGGUCAGAACAGCAGAAACUUGAUGACCGCCUUCAAGCCAAAGCUAAAUUGCUAGAAAAUAUGCCAGAUCCUUUGAAAACUUUACUUGGAGAAGAGAAUGGACGCAGAGGAAUGAUCAAAAUCUUUGAAGUAUUGCAGCACAAGAAUCUGAAUAAACAUUUAUUGUAUAAUCUGUUGGAGAUAUUUCUUCUAGAACUUCUGCCUGAACUGAAGAAAACCAAAGAACAAAUCUUGAGACAAAAUUCAGCAAGUCAAGAGGAGCCUGUGGUUAAACCAGAGAAAGUAGAUUCUGCUAUGUCUUUAGUGCAGGCCACCAAACAUUUUUUCACAAGGCAAAAGUAAGUGGCACAGGAGGGUUUGAAACUAUUUUUGUUUUACCUUCCCUUAAGGUGGCGGUUAGCUGACUCUUGUGAUAUAAUAAUGUAAAUUUAGACUAAACAGCUGACUCUUGUGAUAUAAUAAUGUAAAUUUAGACUAAACAGCUGACUCUUUUGAUAUAAUAAUGUAAAUUUAGACUAAGUGGCAACAGCAAUUUAUGACUGUAUGAGGGUGAUCACCUCAGUACAAUCUGUAAUGUUCAUGUUUAAGAUUUGAGGAUAACAUUUUGAUUAAGGUCAACAAUUAAUGUGGGUUACCAAAAAUGUUAAAUAUGCUAUACAUUCUAGAUAACACAUUAGCUCAAGCCUGAACUUACUGUCAGUAUUAAUUUUUUUUUGUUUAUAGCAGGGUAGCUGUACACUUGCUUUUUAUGAUGUGUAUUCUGUAUGUUUAAUAAUGUUUCUGAAGCUUUAACUGUUCCAUUUCUAACCAAGUGCAAUAGCCAAGUCUAAGAUUAAAUGGAUGACAUUUUUUGUUGAAACUUUUUGAGUUUUUGUAAAUAUGAAUACAUAUGCUAUUAUUGUGGUCGCUAGUCCAAAUGGUGUGUGUAUACAUAAAAGAUGUAAUGCAUAAUACUGGGUCCUGAAUUGAUGGUGUAGUGUAAUGCUUUAUAGUUAUGUUGUAUGUGGGAUAUAAAUUGACUUGCUAUAAUGUAUGUGGGACAUAGAUUGACUUAUGUAUGUGGGAUAUAGAUUGACUUGUUUUAAUUUAUGUGGGGAUAUAGAUUGACUUGUUGUAAUGUAUGUGGGAUAUAAAUUGACUUGCUAUAAUGUAUGUGGGAUAUAAAUGGCUUGUAGGACAAAGAUUGACUUUGAUGUUUACUGCUAGUUGGUUUUGAUUCCCUGUAUUCUCUUCAUUCGGUUUAUUUAUUUACGUUUUCUCUUUGAAUCUUUAUAAUCUGGGUUUUUACAAUUCACAUCUAUGUUUAAAUUGGAUGCUACAUUAAACCUAGAUAAUCUGAUGCAAUUUUAUUCUAUUCUUAGUGAUUCAUUUCAAAGCUUUUUUUGUUUUGCUUUGAGUCAGGAUUCUAGUCUCUACAAAACUUUCAAUCCAUAUAGACAGAUUAGAUUGACAUUUUGUAUUGCAGUUUAUUUUAGGUUCAUUAGAUUGACAUUUUGUAUUUCAGUUUAUUUUUCAUUCAUUAGAUUGACAUUUUGUAUUUCGGUUUAUUUUUGGUUCAUUAGAUUGACAUUUUGUAUUUCUGUGUAUCUUUGUUUCAAACCCUUUUUGUUUUAUGCCAUACAGAAGUCAGCCAAUGGAGGUAAAAAUGAUUUUAUAAAUGACAUUUUAUUUAGUUUUAAGAUAGUGAAAAAAAUAUAUCUAAAAAAAAAAAAAACUAUUUUAAGUCAGAUUCAAAUCGGAUUUCUAUAGUUUAUUAAUGCCAUUGAGCAGUAUAAAGUUAUAACUGAAAUUUUACUUUAAGACCAGACUAUAACCUAUGCACCAUUACAAUUUGUUACUUCAUUCAAGCGAAAUAAAAAAAUAUUGUUUUUUUAAAUAAACAUUAAAUCAUUUCUUCUUACUGUAAACCAAACAAAAUCAGAUCAGCCUUUUUAAUUUUACUUUUUUUUUUUUUAUUGUGCUGACGUCUGCACUGAUUUGAUUUUGUAGUUAUCCUCCCAUAUAUGGAGCUAGACUGAGAAAUAGAAUAUUUUAAUUAUUAGUAGUCUAGCUCUUCUGAACUUUUUUGCAUUUGUGCAUAAACACUUCAGGUGUGUGCUGUCUUGUGUGUAUGUGUAUUUUGUUGUCUGGUAAAAAAAGGACCAGAUGUGUGUGUGUGUUUUGAUGCUGAAUCAUGAACAUGUUGUUUCAUAAACAUACCUCACUGGUGUUUUUAUAGUUUAACAUCGAAAACAUUGGAUCAUUACUUAACAAAUUGUAUUUAUUACUUCCCUUUGUUGUAUGUACAAGUUACUUUCCUUUUGUUGGGUACACCAUAAAAGCAAAAAAAAAAAAAGAUGAAUUCCAAUCAUGUUAUGAACUAGGGACAAUACUAUUUGUCUCUAAGUAACAAUGAAUUCUUAGCACUGUGAUAAUUGACAAUAUGGACAUUUUUUUUGGUUUUAAUUGUAAUGAGCAGCUUUUGUGUUCAGUAUCAUGAUAAACACUUGACAAUGGAGUGUUGUAAAUAUUUAGUUUCAAAAUGUGGACUCAUUUUAUUUGUCCCCUAGUCAUUCAUUAUUUUUAUUAUUGUAAAUUUUGUUUCCUUUAGGAACAUGUUCAGCUUUUAGGUAAAAUCACUUUUAGCAGAGUGUAAACAUUAUUUGUCUUAUUGAUAUUUUUUUUUGUAAGUUGAUAUUUUUUAUUUUAAUCUUACAAAGCUUGAUCCAAUAGAUGCUGUACAUUUUAAGUUGACUUUCCAGUUGUAUAUAAAUUAUCAUUAUUUAAGAGGUAAUUCCUUCAGAUGAAUCUAGGAAAGAUGAUGAUUUUAGAAGAUGUACAAAUUCAGUGUAUCAGACAACAUUAGGAAGUGAUUGUUUUUUGUCCUAAUAAUUAUUUGGUCCAAUGAACUGGAUUUUUAAUAUGCUGGUUGUUCAGUUAACAGGAUAUGGCUGUUUUUGAAACUAGAACAAUAGAGCUUACACAAAGUGAACAUUUAAAUUAUAUGUCAGUGCCUAACAUUGUGUGGCUACAAAUUUGCUUUAAUAGUGAGUUAUUAUAAUUUAACAUUAUUUCAUUUCUCUUCCUACUAAGUUAAACUUUGUAAUAAUUCGACAUUGCUAAUUAUUUCAUUACUUUUUUUUUCUUUACACUUAAGAUGUAAAUAUUAAUUAUGUCCAUUUUGUUCUUGUGAUUAUGUCCCUUUGACUCCCCUCCCCCCCCCCCCCCCCUCCAUUGUUGUACCAGUACUGUUGAUCCAUCACUCCCCCUCCCUCCCGCCCCCGCACUUUGGGCAGCUAGUCAUUGAAUGACAGUCAGUAUACCAUCACAUUGUAUGGAUGUGAAUCAAGUCUCGACAGCCAUCACUGUAGUCCAGAUUCCUUCCAUGCAAGUAGCUCUCGGGAUGUUACAAGCUAGACAAAGCUCAAUCUAAACCAUGUCAGAGAUUAUACACGAGUUUCAAGUCCUGUAGAAUGUUUGUUCUGAAUGAGGCUCUGUCCAUGGCUAUACUGUAACUAUAUCUGCCUUUUGUAAUUACUCUCCAAUAAAAGCAAAAUGAUCA